AUGCCAGCCCGAGCACCACAACAUCUAGACCUUACAUCCACAUCUCGUGUGAACGAGAUCUCUCAUCAAUCAGCAUCGAACCAGAACAGUUCUGAGAACAAUAGUUCCAGCACACUUCUUCCAGACAACCAGUCCACCGCUAGAGAUCCUGACCUUCCUCCUCACCAAGAGCAGGGUAAUGUCAAUAAUCAACAAAAUCCUCCAGACGGCACGAGUGAUGCAGUGGCAGGCGAGGAUCCGAACAGUGUCGGGUCAGAUCAUGCCAAUGCCAUAGCGUCGGUCAGAGGUGCCGAUGGAGCAGAAGCCAUGGAUGGUGUGGAAUUUGCACCAAACCCAUCGUUCAGGGGAGCAUUGACUGCGGACGGGGAGUCUUAUCUAGCCGAGAUCAGAGCUCCAGUAGUCGGUACAGAUAUGCCAUGGCGACGGCUCUCUCCAUACCAUCACGAGAGAGAGUCCGUUUGGAGACAUAUUCAUCACUGCCUCCUCACUUUGAGUAACAACCCGGAGAAUCAACAAAUACUUCUGUUACUUGGACUUUGGAAUGACAUGCUUAUGCGCGAGGUUGGUCGGACAGCGGAUCGAGCACUAGAUACAACGUUAUGGCCUUUGAAGGUAUCAGAGGCCAGACGAUGUUUGAACAGUGGCGACAGCCCCGAAACAGUAAGGAGCGUGCUUUCGGGAAUUGCGAACGAGCUCAGAAGCGAGGCGCGGCGCAAGGAAUUCCCCGCCGGCUCGCUCGAUUGGGGAUUGGGAGUUCAUGCCUGGGAGCAGCAUGAAUCCGCCAACUUACCUGGCUUCAGGUCUGUCAACGGCUCUGGCGUACACAGCUACCUGUCUGCUCACAAUAAAGUAUGGUUUGUGGAUAGGAACCAGCGUCAGGGAGAACAUGGCCAAAUUGUUGGCUGGAAGAAGCAAGGUCAUGGUCAUCAAUUUAUCCUGAAAUUCGGCCGUGGAGAGUACGAUCAUUACCUUCUCAUUAAGGCCAGCUACUUUGGGAAGGGGGCUUUCAACGAGUUCGAGCGAAUGAAUCGUGAGCCCUCUGUGAGUGACUUGGAUCGUGUUGUCAAUGAUGGAACAAAUGGCAUCUCAACAAAGGUUGAUCGAACAGCUUAUGCGGACGAUAUCAAAGAAUUCAAGCCGCCAACCCGGAAGAAGAAGCAGAAAUAG